UUUUUUGUUUUUAUUUAAAAAAAAAAUGGUUGUUGUAACCUGUGCAGGAGCGUGCCAGGAGCACUUUGGUUUGGCGGUAAGUUUUUACCUUUUUUUUUUUUUACAUGUGUUUCGCGGUUUUUAAUUCUCAGUUUUUCGCGGCCGCGACUUGAUUUUGGGGUUUUGAUAUUUCACGUCCACGUGUUCUCGAUGUUUUUAUAUCGCGUAUUUUUAUAUUGUUUAAAUGUCGACCCGUCAUGGGUAUACGUUUUAAAAUUUCACAUCCGCGUAUUGUUUUUCAUUUCAAUUUUUGUUGUUUCAGCUCUUAAUUUUUCGUUUGUUUUAGUUUUUCGGUUUUUCGUUCGUUUUUGGUUGUUGUUUUCGUUUUUGAUUUUUUCGCUUGUUUUCGUUUUCAGUUUUUAAAUUCAUUUUGGUUGUUUAAGUUUUUUUUUAAAUUCAUUUUGUUGUUGUUUUUAUUUCUAAUUCAUUGUUUUUUAUUUUACAGAUGCAGGCAGCCAGGAGGGAGAGGGCCUACCUGCGGGCGGCCAACGAGUGGCUGCGGUGGGAGGAUGAGGAGGGUGAAACCCUGGAAGGCGAAAAUAUUUUCGCCAUCCAGGAUCUCCAUCAGCAAGCCGCCAAAUGGUUGGCGGAUUCGGAGGACGAGGAAUAUCUGCGCGGUGCUCGUUGGGAGGGAGGUGUCGGCCCGGACACCCCGAGAGCGCGGUGGGUCCGCGCUCUGAGAUGCGAGGCGCGUGGCCUGGAGGCCGAGGGCGAGCAGAUGCUCGCCUUAUACGACCUGGAGGAUGCCUGGAGUCUCAGGGUCCUCUUCGGGGACGAGUUAAUAACUAUUCGAGGCUACAAUAAAAUAUUAAUCGAGUAGCGGGAUAGCCCAUACUCAUUAAAUUGUUUAAUUAAUUAUUAAAUAAUGGAGGCCUACAAACGUUUUUAGUGCAUAACAAUAUUAUACAAAACUACUACAAUCAAUCUAAAUUGAUAAUAUACUUAAUUUUUGGAAAAACAGUGCGCGCCAAUAGCAGCAGUUAAAUCGUGGUUUUUUGAAACCAUAGGGCAGAGUCGCAAAACCAUCAAGCCGCCGUUUUGGGCCUGUCGCACGUACGAUCUUACUCUCAGGUUUCGUGAUGACGUCACGAUACACUGUCCGACGAAUACCAUGAUAGUCGAUCUGGUAGGGAUCUGCUUUAUCGACAACGAACGCGCGAAUCGAGUCGUAAUGAAUUUGUUUACGCGAUUCAUAAUUCAGUCUAACCCCUUUUAUUUUACUAACUUCUGCGAUACUGCCGUCCGGUUUUUUUACGCGAUAAGUGUAAAAUUUAGGGCCACCAGAGACAAAAGAAGUAAUGAAACUUCCUUCUCCGUAGCCCUCUACUUCGUCGGUCAAAUCCCCUAGAAAAUUCCCUAGCGGUAAUUCAUUUGAUCCAUCGCUAACGUAAAUGACCGAAUCUGUAUCAUAAUAUAAAACACGCUCUUGUUGUUUUUCUAGAUAAGAAUAUAACUUUAGACGCG